ACGUUUUGUGACGCAGUCGCCCAUCCACAAUUUUUGUAAACACGCUUGUCGAAUACACAAAUUCUAUACGAAUAGUUGAAUAGGCUAUUUAUUGCGGAAGUAAUGGCUUCCUAAAUUUUAAUUGCAGACAUUAUUUUAUUAACAAUAAUUAAAAUCAAAUAUGACGAUAAGUUGUAUUUUUUAAUCUGAUCGGGAGCGCUAUGUGAAUAAUUGUGUCAUCCGGCUUAUUCCCAUGGAUAUAUAAGCCGCGUCCUGUAAAAGUGCUACAAAGAGCAAUCCUGAAAAAGAUUGUUUGUGUGUAAGAAAAUUAAUUUCCAUUUAUGAAAUAAGCUUGUGAUCAUAACAAAAAUACAGUGUUUUCAAGAUUUGGUUGAAUGAAAUAAGGCGUGAAAAUGAUGACUUGCGAUAGGUUUUAGUGAAUCUGAGAUAUUAGAAAUUAGUUUAUUGUCAUGGAUGAUGCCGGCGGCACGAGUUCAGUGAAGAAUAGAAUGAAGGGCAAGGUACAAGAUGAGGAGGAAGAGUCGGACGAGGAGGUGGUAGACAGUGAGGAUGAUGACGAAACCAUCGCCAGGAUACAGCGAGCUCAUUUCGCUCAGGCAGCUGCUAUGAACGCUCGAAGGCGCGCGGCAUCUCGUCCCAGGCCAAUGAGCCACAAACGGAAGAUGGAAGCUGUAAAAAACUUUCAUGACUUCACAAAGAAACUUAAGAAGGACACUGGUAUAACAAUUCGAAGCAUAGUUGGUAAUAACAUCUUAGAAUUAAGUGACUUUUCAAGUGAAGACAGUAAAACAGAAAGUGAUGGACUGUCAGAGGAGGAAUUUGUAGUUAACCCUAGUGCUGUUCAAGAACUGAAUGAAGAAAAUGAAAGUUACAUUGACCCCGAAACUGGUGACAUUGUUGAGGCUAAAAGAGAUUCUCAAAGUACUAGUAAACCUCCGGAAGAACCAUUGGCAUGUUUGGAAACUGAGGUUAAACAAGAAGAACCGGAACCACAAGAACAGCAAGAUCAGGAACCAGAAGAGGAAGAAGUACAACCUAAAACUCUUUCAAUUAGUGACAUUAUUAAUGAUGGUGACUUAGAUAAUAAAAAUGUAGAAAUAGCUGAGGUGGAGGAGAGUGAAUUAUGUCCGGAGAAGACAGCUGAAGAGUUGUUGGGCAUGAAACAGGAGGAUAGCAGUCAGGAUUUUGAUAUUACGGAAAAACUGAAAGAAAUGGGAGAGAUUAGUGUCAAACCUAUAGUUAAGAAGGAGGAUGAGAGUGAAGAAUCACCUAAAGAUGAUGAAACAGAAAAGACGGAAGGUGAUGAUGAGAAGAAACCGGUAAAUGCGAAUGCUCUAAAUGUAAGGCGUAACAUUCGGGAAGUGAUGGACGAGAAGAACUUGGAUGCCUCAACAUUAGCAGCCCAACGGCAGGAAUCAGAGAGAUUGGCUCGAGUACAGGAACAGCAGAGGAUCAUCAGAGAAGUACAAAGACAAAUAGCAAUAAAUAGACAAAAUAAAAUUCAUCAGAAGACUCUAUCAUUAUUACAAGGAGGUGGUUCUUCUAUCUUGAAGAAAUCUCUUCCUGGACAGAAACUAAAUCUACCAAACACAGUGUUAGUAAAAUUACCGUCAGGUGAAACUAAAAAGACAAUCAAAGCUGGCCAGGUUGAAGUGACAAAGUUGAUGAAACCUACUACGUCUGGUGCUCCGAAGCCAGGCAAACCUGAUCAGAAGGCUGAUAAGAAAGAGGUUGUAGAGAUAGUUGAUAGCAGCAGUGGCGAGGAGUCUUCGUCUUCAUCAUCCGAUUCUGACGAUUGCAUAAUGCUGUCAGAUUCAGAAGUGCCGCCUAGUCCUGAAGCCGAAGAUGAUCCUGGUAAUUCAGGUCUUCAUGUGAACGAUGCGUACAACAUCCCUGACGAACAAGGUCGCGUGCUAAUCAAUAUCGGUCACCCUGAAAAUGAAGAGGACAUCUUCCUUGCACCACAAAUUGCCAGAGUUAUCAAACCUCAUCAGAUUGGCGGUGUAAGAUUUCUGUUCGAUAAUAUUAUUGAAUCUGUUGAACGAUUCUCGACAUCAACUGGUUUUGGGUGUAUAUUGGCGCAUUCUAUGGGUCUCGGCAAGACGUUACAAAUUGUAUGCUUCUGUGAUAUAUUCUUACGGCACACGACAUCCAAAACUGUGCUGUGUAUUAUGCCCAUCAACACGUUGCAGAAUUGGGUGGCAGAAUUUAAUAUGUGGUUACCAGUGGACGCGAGUACAAGUCCGUUGGCAGCUCACGGCGAGGUGCGACCGAGGAACUUUCCCAUCUACGUCCUCAACGAUAGCCACAAAACUUUGCAGAUGCGGGCUAAAGUUGUCAAGGAUUGGACAACGUCAGGCGGUGUUCUCAUGAUAGGCUACGAGUUGUACAGACUACUCAGUAUGAAAAAAGAUAAGAAACCUCGUAAGAAAAAGAAAGCAGAUAUCAAGUUAGAAGCUGAGAAAGAAAGGGACGAAAAAUUACAAGCUGCUACUGAAGAUACACAGGCAUCUGAAGAAUCUAAACUGGAGAAAGACGACGGCGAUGGCGUGACCAAGAUCGAUGAUAUUAGGGAUGAAUUUAAAAAGGACGAGAAGAAAGAUGAUUCUGUUAACGAUGAAGAUAAGAAGCUGUUGGAUGAAAUGUAUGAAGCUUUGGUGAAGCCAGGUCCAGACUUGGUGAUAUGUGACGAGGGGCAUCGGAUCAAAAAUUCUCAUUCAAAUAUUUCUUACGCGCUAAAACAAAUGAGAACAAAACGAAGAGUAGUGUUAACAGGUUAUCCAUUACAAAACAAUUUGCUGGAGUACUGGUGUAUGGUGGACUUCGUGCGUCCGAACUACCUCGGCAGCAAGACGGAGUUCUGCAACAUGUUCGAGCGACCCAUACAGAACGGACAGUGUAUCGACUCCACGCCGCAGGACAUCAGGCUCAUGAGAUACAGGGCGCAUGUACUUCAUUCUCUGCUUGUCGGUUUUGUACAGAGACGGUCACACGCAGUGCUGCAAUCGACACUCCCUCAGAAAGAAGAGUACGUGUUACUGGUGCGGAUGACACCCCUACAACGCAAGUUGUAUGACCGGUUCAUGAAUGAAGUCGUACGCUCUACGUCUGUGCCAAACCCUUUGAAAGCUUUCGCAAUUUGUUGUAAGAUCUGGAACCACCCUGAUGUCUUAUACAACUUCCUUAAGAAGCGUAGUGAAGUAAACGCCGCUAUUGAAGAAGACUUGGAUUUAGAGGAAAUCGGUGGCGUUACUAAGGCUGGACGUGCACGUAAUAAUAAGACGCAACCUGGUCGUCGGCCCGGCAAACCAAGGGGAGCUUCCAAAAAGCCAGCAGCGACCAUACCGCCUAAUACAACCACUGGUCCAAUGGCGCCGCGCCCCGAUGGUAGCAUUUACGGCAAUGCACCGUAUCCUAAUGCCCCAUACGGUCCACCUUCCAACACUUUCAGACCAGACCAACCAUCUGGGUCUUACCCGCCGUAUCAUAACUAUCAGAACUCAGGUCCUGGUUACUAUCCACCAAACCAAGGCUACAACCAGAACUAUGACAGUAAUUACUAUCAACAGCAACCACCAUAUGGGAACAAUUACCCCAACCAAUUUCCGCAGAACAUGCCUCCGGAAAGUGGGCAAGGGUAUAAUAAUCAAAACUACUGGGGUAACGGGAACUAUUACGGCAACUCCGGGUAUUAUAACAACCCUCAAUACCAACAGAAUAGUCAACCGCCACAAGAUUUCAGGAGCAACCCUCCUCCUGAGUACAACAACUCGCAGCAUUACCCACCGAACUAUAACGCGCCGCCAAACGACCAGCCGUACCCGGGCAAUGCGAUGCAACCCUACUCGAAUAACCAAGACAACUAUACUAGUAGUCAGCAAAGACCUCCAUACCAGGGCUACAAUCACCCUGGAUAUCCAGAGUACAGCGCCAAUACACCACAAGGGCCAUACCCUAACAACUCCGCGCCUCAAGGACAUUACCCUAACAAUCCAGCAUCUCAGGGACCUUAUCCAAAUAAUCCCGCGCCGCAACAAGGAUAUUCUAAUCAAUCAUAUCCUCCUCCAUAUUCCGCAAACACUUCUGGGUAUGGAAAUAAUUCUACUCCGUAUAACCAAUUCGAAAAUCAACCUACAAAUUACUCUAAUUUCCCCAACAAUAUGCCUUCCAAUCAACCUGACAAUGUGCCAACUCAACCUGCUAUUAAAAAUGAACCCACUACUCAUCCUGGGAACUAUCCUCCCACUGAAAUCAAAACGGAGCCAAAUAUUCCGCAUAAUUCACAAAUUCCGCAGACGCAAAAUACAAAUGCUGUGCCAUAUAACACUCCUGGCUAUGGGUAUCCUCCUAAUACACCUGCUUAUCCUGAACAACAAGAAAGUAACUCCAACGCGAGUAAUUAUCCAUGUUCAUAUCCGAAUUUCCCACCACAUCUUGAAACUAAGCAACCGCUGGGUAGCGCAAGCUCUGGUAGCCCUGUGACAGCGUGGCCUAUAACGGAAUUAAAGACUGAAAUUGAUAAACUUAAAGCUGAGGAAAAAACUGAGAUAAAGUCGGAAUCCGAUGGCGAAGUCAAAAUAGAAGACUUGGACACAAAGAAAAUAGUGAAAGAUGAAAAGAAACCAUACCAACCACUUCUAUUGAAUGAUCAAUCUCAAACCCAAAGUCAAAAACCAGAAACUCCGAAAAAGAAAGACUCAAAGAUUGAUGGAGGUAAAAGUGAUGGAUCUGAAUCUGAAGAAGAAACUCCUAGGGGAAAGGGUAGGCCGCCGAAAGGUAAAGGCAAGGAUAGUAAAAAGUCAAAGGCAAAGAGUAAAGCGAAAGCUAAAGGAAGGAAUGAUAGGAAGACGUCGAAGGAAAAGAAUAAUGAUGACUCCGAUUCUGAGGAGAGUGAGAAGGAAGAGAAAAUGAACAGAGAGGAGGAAUUAGCGAUGGUGAAGAAAGCUGAAGAAGUGACUUACGAUUGGGCAGCUGAGUUGCUAAAAGAUUACAUUCCUGGGAUUAUUGAAAAUUCUGCAAAGAUGGAAUUGUUCUUUUACAUAUUGAACGAGAGUAUAAAGCUUGGAGAUAGGCUAUUGUUGUUUAGCCAAAGUUUGUUUACAUUGAAUCUCAUUGAAGACUUUUUAGAAAAGAAUUAUAUUCCAGGGACAAAUUGUCUCUGGGAGAGAAAUACUAACUAUUACCGUCUGGACGGUUCUACUCAUGCUUUAGAGCGUGAAAAGCUGAUUAAUGAGUUUAAUGCCAACCCGCACAUAUAUUUGUUCCUCGUGUCGACUCGCGCAGGGUCACUGGGCAUUAAUCUCGUUGGGGCCAACCGAGUUAUCGUGUUUGACGCCAGUUGGAACCCUUGCCACGACACGCAAGCUGUUUGUCGAGUAUAUAGAUACGGUCAGAGGAAACCCUGCUUCGUCUAUCGCUUUGUGAUGGACUGUUGUCUUGAGAAGAAGAUCUACGAUCGUCAGAUCAACAAGCAAGGCAUGGCUGAUCGCGUCGUCGACGAGUGCAACCCUGACGCAGUGCUCUCUAUGAAGGAAAUCACUAAUUUAUGCUUCGAUAAUGAUGAAAAGGAAACUGAAAUAAAAGAUUUAUCGGAGCACAAAGAUAAGUACAUAGAUGUUCUAAUGCAAGGCGUUAUAACGCAACACGGGAGGAUGUUGAGCAAGGAGCCCUUCCAACAUGAGUCUUUGCUAGUCGAUAGAAAGGAGAAGAAACUGUCUAGUGCCGAAAAGAGGCUGGCGCAAAGAGGGUACGAGUUAGAGAAGAAGGCAGCACUAGCCCCGAAGCCAACGACAGCGUACCGUACGGUGCGCACGGCGGACGGCGCGCUCGUGCAGCGGCCCGUGGCCUCCGUGCGGCCCAUGCAGCAUGGCGCGCGCUGGAUACCCGCCGACGUAUGGCGCCGGCAGGGCAUGACGGCGCAGGAAAUGACCCUACCGCUAGAUGUCGUGAUACCUACAAACUCGGCCGAGAAGACAAAUAUAGUUUUGAAGGCUGGUCAGCGUGUCAUGGUAUUAAAAUCACCGAAAGGAAUUUACAUGCAGCUAGAAUCAGGCAAAAUUAUCGCCAUCAAAACGUCAUUUAAGGGGUUGGGACAAAAAGGUGGCGAUAACAAGGACAAUAGCCCCAUUGGAAAGAAAGUUUUAGGCAGUCGUCCAGUAUCAAACAUCCCGGGCUCACUAAAAAAUAAUUCAGCAAUAACAAUCACAUCAAAAGGUCCUAGGCCUGGUUUCCACAGAGUGAUUCGUCCGUCAAUAAUAGGACAGAACAAAAUGAGGCCCAUGAUGCCUGGACAAAAAAUAUCCGACAUCAGGAGUCGACUCGGUGAACUGCGAUCGUACUCAGGAAUGCGACCGAAGUCUCCAUUACAGGGGAGAUUACUACGGCCGAGUCUACCCGGGUCAGUGAGUAUUACAAAAAUUCCCAGAGAACCCAAGAAAUCUGAAAUCGAUGGCAAUGAAUCCGGCUCUACCAGUAAGAUGGAUGUAAAUUCUGAAGAAGAUACUCAAAUAUUAGAUAGUGAUGAUGAGGACGACAACAAGCAACAGGAUUCAAAAUCUUCUUCUGAAGUAGAACAAGAUAAGAACAAAGUAGAAACUGUAGAACCUCCUAAGUCUAGCGAAACAGAAGAGCCAAACAGAACAGCUGAGACUGAACCAAAACCUGAAUCAGAACCUAUCGUCUUGACUACAGAUGAAAAGUUGCCCUCGGAAGAAACUCUGGAAAAUAAACCUAUCGAAGAAAACACCAUAGAACCACCUAAAAUGCAACAUCAACAUACAACAGAUUUGUCCAGACUGGACAACGCAGACAUGUCUAGAGUGGAUGCAGCAGACAUGUCUAGAGUUGACGUAGCAGAUAUGUCUAGAAUAGACGUAACGGACAUGUCUAGAGUGGACACAGUAGAUUUAAAUCGCAAUUCAAACGAUGCUGUCGAAAGGAAAAUAAAUCCACUAAAAAAUUAUAGGCACCAAAGACCAGGCGGCCGACCAUCACUCGAAUCAAGCCUCAGUCAAUUAGAGCGCACGGCGAGCGUUCUGAACAAAGAAGGUAUGCCAGACUUCAGGAGGAACUUAGACGACAUUACGCAGUCUUACUCUCCCACCGGAGAGGAGAAACCUGGCGCUAAGACCAAAAAGCGUCGCUCGCCCGCCAAACCUGAAGCGGUGACAGAACCCGCGCACACCGCGCAUCCUGCCCCGGUCGUGGCCGCGCCCGUACCGCACAGCGUGUCCAGUCUGCUGGGGCCCGCCGCACCGCAGCGACACCGGAAACCCGAGCCCGCGCCGCACGCCGCGCCCUCCGUGCCCAGCAUGCCCAGUGUGCCCAGUAUGGCCAGCAUGCAGGGCAUGCCGGGCAUGCCCAGCGGGCCCCACGAUCCAAUGGGCGCCCACUCCCGCCUGCUGGGCCGGCCCCACGAGCCCCCGCCCCACCCGCACGCACACAUGAAGCCCGCGCCCAGCAUGCCGCUCAGCCUGAGCCACCCCGCCAUGAUGAGCGGCGGCACUGCAGCGCCUGCUGACUUAUCCAAGUCACCAGCGCCGGGACCACUAUCCCAUGCACCGCUCGGGGCGGCUGGACCGCCUGCACAGGGCUAUCCUGUCGGUCAUCCUAAUCCUCCUCCCGACGGGGCUUAUCCUCAGUACCCAGGUUACGGAAUGGGUUAUGGCGCAUAUCCGACUCCGGCGUACUACGGCGGAUACGGCGGCAGCGCGUACUACCCGGGCUACCCGGCGCCGGGCGGCGCGAUGCCCCCGUACGCGGGCGCCCCGCCGGCCCCCACGUACGCGCCGGAAGGGUACCUGCCGCCCAACCCACAGUGGUAGACGGCUGACUGCUACUGCAUGCGAAGUUUGAGUGUGCCCAAGUUCAGUGUUAAGAUUGAUGUGCGUGACCGAGUGUUCCUCUAUAAAGAUUGACUUGCUUCCUUGUUAAGCGAGUAGCGUGGCUUUAAAUAUUCACUAUCGUAUUCUUCCUCCGGAGCUCGAUGAGCCGCGCUGGAUUUAUUCUUAUCAUAUUUAUUCUCCUUUGUACCUAUAAGUAUAUUUAUCCGAUGUAUCCGUAGUUCCACAACUUACUUAAAAUUGUUCCAAACACGUCGGUCUGAUGUGGAUUUGGGUAUUAUAAAAUAUUUUUCUGUAUUUCUAUUUAUCCCCGUGUUUUUAUAUACCUACUGGGGAAUAUGAAAUUAUUUUUAAAUAGGUACAUUUUUAUAAAUAAAAUCUGUAACAUACCCGUCUGUUUUGAACCUUGUAGUGUUUUCAACACUAGGCCAGAUGAUCAAUAAUUCGGAUGUAUUUUACGCAUAACUUGUAUGUUGUAUAUCUCAAGCUUUUGUUGUAUAGAUACCUAAUUUAUUCAUAAAAUAAAAAUAAAUGUCACAAAAUUUAAACGAAUUAUUAUAUUUUCAUGUAUUUGUUGGAACACAGAUACUUGUGUAAAUUUAUACUAAAAUAUACACUUUUAUGUAUUAUGAUUUUAUAAAUACUUUCGGUAAAUGAUAAUGUGAUUAUUCCUAAGUACUUACCUUGAAACGUUUUGUAAAAUAAAACAUUAAUUAGAGCGAUCUUCGGGAAGGUGUCGUGUGUGGAUGUAUUAUAAAUUAACUAUUAAUAUUGUAAUGGAAUGCGUGAAUUUCUCCAAGCUAAUUACUCAAUGAGUGUAGAAUUUUCAAGUACAUAUUCAAUCCCACUAAUAGUUAGGUGUGGUCGGUUGUCAGUAAGUCAUCUGAUUACUGUGGCUAUGGAUCGAUUACUGGAUGUGAUAUGUUGCUACAUAGUCGUAAGUCGAAUAUAGCUUGUACGGAAUAUUUAUCAAUCGUAAUAUUAGAUAGGCGCCCUUAGUAUCUUAGAAACUUUAGUUUCUCAUUUAACCUACAGGUCCGUGAUAUGUUUUUACAUAGUAGUUUUAUGUAUGCAAAUGCUAUAUGCAUAGAGAACUAUUUAUCUAAUUUUUAAUGUGUUUUAAACGAAAUGAUCUGAUUGCGAAGUCGUUUUUAACUUUAUUAUAGUCAUACAUUUCUAUUUUUUAUUUGGUGUGUUAUCAGGUCUAAUUCUUUCUUUAUGUCACUGCAUUGUCUAACUUUGCUGUGAAUAAAACAUUGACUUGCUAUGUUGAUGUAGUAGGUAACUGGACAAAGUCUGUUUAUUUACAUUAGCAUGGAAAUUAAACAAAAGAAGUCUCGAUACACGUUGUCCUUUCGUUAGCAGUAUUAGUUGUCGCUUGUGAAUAAUAUGAUCAUAAGAGAUUAAAAAUGUAGGGUAAGGUAAAUUAUAAGUCUUAAAUUAAUAAUGUUUCUGUAUUUAGAGGUAAUGUGUGUCCACUGACAUUUUUGUAUAACUGUAGCACGCAAAAUAUUGUAUUAAUGUAGUAGGAAAUUGACUAGAGAACUCGACGAGUUCAAUACACGAACUAAAGACUUGAUUGUUUUGUUUUUUUAUAAUUAUUUUUAUAUUUUACUAAUACACCGUAACACACCAGAUAAAAAAUAGAAAUAUUGCCGUGUAUUAUUUUAAAAUUAGUAUUCAAUCAUUUAUGUAUGUUGUCCUGUGUACAAAUAGCGUUCGAAAUUAAUGUUCGAAGUGAUACAAUAAUAAAUAUUGCAUUUUAAAUUGGUCAACUAGUAUUGUACCGGCGAUAUCCAAUAAAGAAAUCAAAGUAAACA